AUGUCUGAUAAAAAAAAUGUAUUGCUCAUUGGAGCCGGAGGUGUAGGAACCAUUGUCGCCUACGGGAUUGACUAUGUUGGCAAGUCGAACCUUUCGAUCGUUGUGAGACGGGACUACGUCAAAGUCAAAGACGCUGGAUAUGACAUUAGUUCUGUGGACUACGGAAACAUUAAAGGCUGGAAACCCGCGAAUAUUUACCCCAACGUCGAUGCUGCAGCGGCUUCUGGAGAAGUCUAUGAUUUCAUUGUCAUUGCCACAAAAAACCUGCCCGAUAUUGUCAAGAUGGAAGAACUGGUGAAACCUGUAGUUGUCCCAGGAAAAACAACCUUAGUUUUAAUGCAAAAUGGAUUCGACCUCGGUCGUCCGUUUUUUGUCCAUUACCCUAAAAAUGUCAUUUUGUCAGGAGUUUCGCACAUCGGCUCGCACAACAGCGGCGGUGUGAUUUGUCAAACGCAGAAGGACAAAGCUGUGGUUAGCUACUUUGAGAAUCCAAACCUAUCUAAGGAGCAGCAGGAAACCAAAGCACAUGAGUUUAUUUCCCUCUACAGCAAUGACAAGAACGAUUGUGUUUACUUUGACGAUGCCAAAUGGUAUAGGUACAGAAAACUGGUGUACAAUGCAUCGUUGAACACAGUGUGCGCUCUCACGGGUGUUGACACCGGGAGGCUGGCAUUUUCAGGUGGGCUGGACACUGUGUCAAUACCUGCCAUGCGAGAAGUUGUGAAAAUUGCCGAGGCAGACGGAGUCAAAUUACCAAGCGACGUCAUUAACUCUGUUGUACACUCCGAUGACGGCGACUGGUUCGAGCCAUCGAUGCGCGUGGACGUGAAGAAAGGCAAUCCUGUUGAACUUGAGGUGAUUUUGGGCAAUCUUCUCAAGGUCGCAGGAGAAUUGGGAGUCGAGACUCCAAUUUUGACAGUCGUUUACAAUUUGCUUAAGGUCGUCCAGUUUCGCCUGAAAGAGGAGCAGGGACUUAUCACAUUGCCAAAAGAGCGUCCAAUUACUGAUAGAGUUUUUAAGUAG